ACCGCAAGAGACGAGCCCCAUCCCGCGACCUCUUCCCCAUCUCAAAGUCAGACAUCCUCUUCUUCUCCCCUCCCCUCUUUCUCUCUCGUCCAUCAGCAAGCGAGCGAGGGCCUGCAGGCGCCAUGAACGGAGACGGCCGAGGGCACGAGAGCGGCGGAAGCGACCACGACGACGACAUGCGGAAGCCGCUGCUGGUGAACACGGGGAGCUGGUGGUACGCCAUACGCAAGUCCCACGUCUCCGCACUCCUCUGCACGCUCAUCGUGGCGCUCGGCCCCAUCCAGUUCGGCUUCACCGGCGGCUUCUCCUCGCCGACCCAGGACGCCAUCACCCGCGACCUCAGCCUCUCCAUCUCCGAGUUCUCGGUGUUCGGCUCGCUCUCCAACAUCGGCGCCAUGAUGGGAGCCAUCGCCAGCGGCGAGAUGGUGGAGCACGUUGGCCACAAAGGGGUGAGAUUUUUCCCUUUAGCAUGCUGCUUGUCUUCCUCUACCACGCCAUUGCGAGGUCGACCGGUUCGUUACCUGUUGCCUCGCACUUAAGAAGGGUCAAUGUCAGUCCUUUUGCUGAUCGAUAGUCCCAUCGCAUCCAACAAAUUAAAUAGCAAUGCAAAGCUUCUGGGCAAUCCAUCUAUUUUUACCAUUUUAUGCAAAAUAAAACAUAAGGGGAUACUCUCUCUGAUAGGAGUUACUUUUCACAGAAAUAGAUGCAUCUAGACGUAUUAGUUUAGAUACAUCAAUUUUUAUCCGUUUCCACGAACAAGUAAUUCGAAACGAAGAGAGUAUGAUUUAUCAUUCUAAACUUAAUUAUGUUAUUAACACAAACGAAUCAGACAGCCAACCAUGCAUCACAUAUUUCACGUAAUAAUACAUGAACGUGGUCCAAGCUAACACUCCUUUCAUUUCAAAAUAAAUAUCGCUGUUUUAGUUUGAGGCUUUCUUCUACUCGGCAUCACAGUCGACCACCUGCUGCAGUGCUGCGCUAGAUAGAGAAGUGUGGCAUGCAUGCGCCAACACGUACCAGCUAGCUAGCCUACAAUUUUAGGCCUCCUUUGGUUUGGAGGAAUUUUGUAGGAUUUUCAUAGGAUAGGAUUUCUAUAGGAAAAAUUCCUUCAGAGCUUUUUGGUUUGUAGGAAUGAAAUUCUAUUCCUAUGGAGGAAUUCUUCCUAUCCUCCACAUUUCAUAGGAAAACAAACAUUAGGCUGGACUCAAUGGAAAAAUCCUAUGGUAUGAAUCAAAGGGCAUCUCUUUUUCUAUUCCUAUGUAUAGGAUUUGAGAUGCAUGUCAUCUCAUUUUCUAUGACUUUCCUAAUCCUAUGAUUUUCCAAUCCUAUGAACCAAAGGAGGCCUAUUUUAUUUUAGCAUAGCUAGCCUACAAUUGAUCCUACACGGUGUGCUGGGGUAGUAGGUAUUUUUUUUGAGUAUCAGCUGCGGUGUAGGUAGAUCGGUUGCUGCAGCGUGAAUGAAUUAUUGCUCAGCCCCGCAAAACCAAAAGUGAAUUAUUGUUGAGGAUGUUAAUAUGGGCCAUCACUGAGGGUCCACAGGGCGCUUGCCGGGAGAACGACACGUCAGACCACAGUGUACGGUAGAAUAGAGACGGGCCGGGGAGUUAAUUGUACAGAAGUACCAUAAUUGGGGCAUUGGA